AUGAGGCGCAGGAUGGUGGAGCACAGCGCGCUCGACAUCAUGUGUCCUAACAGGUUCUGUCGCCGACCGGAGCGCGGUACGCGGAUGUGUGCCCGCAUCCGGCAGAGUCUGUGCGUGGAUUACCCACAGAGGAACGCGCAGGUGCUGAGCGCGCAGUACGGUGCCAACCUGUUGCUGCUGGGUGCCGCGCUCAUGCUCGCCACCACGCACCACAGUGCGGUGCGGGAGUGGCAUGUGUUGGCGCUGCUCUGCGGUGUCAUGAUGCUGCAGCUGCUUUGGAUGAUGUGGUAUGUGCUCGUGCGCGAUAGACACGGCAGCGCGCAUGCCGACAAGGACAAGCACGCCACCACCUGCUGGGUCAGAGGUGAGUCUGGUGACCUCCCCUUUAACUCGGGCAUUACAGACAGGACCUCACACCUCAGUUUGAGACCCUCUCUCUGCUGCUGUGGGACCUCAGACCUCAGUUUGGGACCCUCUCUCUCUGCAGGGGGGCUGACUCUCCUGGCGUUGCUCUCUCUGGUGAUGGACGUGUUCCGGAUUGGGUUGUACGUUGGCUUCAGCGCGUGUGUGUCCGCGGUGCUUGGAGCGUAUCCUGUGAUCCAUGCAGCGCACACCAUUGCACAGGUGCACUUUCUGUGGUUCCACAUUAAAGACGUCAUCAAGUCCUUCCAGACGUUUGAAAGGUUCGGGGUGAUCCACGCUGUGGUUACAAACCUGCUGCUCUGGGGUAGCGGUGUGAUGUCAGAGGCCGAACACUUCCUGAACAACCACAACAAGAGGGUCUCAGCGCCCAGUCUCCACGGCAACCACAGCACAGUGGCUUGCUUCGGACACUCGCUCUCUCUCUCUCUCUCUGCCAUUGAUCCUCCCUGUAACUGCUCGACCUCCACCUGCUCCGUAUUCUCCUCGAGCCUCUUCUACUUGUACCCUUUCAACAUCGAAUUCCACAUCUUCGUGUCGGCCAUGUUGUUUGUGAUGUGGAAGAACAUUGGGCGCUCUGUGGAGACGGUGAGCGCGCCCAUGCCGCCACAGGGUCGUGGACUGGGGCGUGGCCUGAGCGUGGGUCCGGUGCUGGGCUGUGGCGCGCUGGCCUGUACGGUGGGUGUGCUGGUAGUGUACUUGACGCACGUGGAGCAGGCGGACACACGGCAGGCCGCCGUGUCCAUGUUCUAUGUGUAUGGCGUAGUGAUGUCACUAAGCAUGUGCGGCGCGGCCUGUGUGGGGUUGCUACUGUACCGCGCGCAGCAGAGGCCACUGGACACCUCCGCAAACCCGGCACGUGAAUUGGACACUGAGCUGCUCGUGUGGUCGGCCGCGGGAGCGUGGCUCAUGGCCUGGUGCAGUGUCAUCGCAGUUACCAGCGGUAGCAGCGCGGCGCCGCACCGGUGGAUAAGCGGCGUGUAUGCGACGCUCCUGGUGUUGGAGACGUCUGUGCAAAACCUGUUCAUCAUGGAGUCACUGUACCGACCACAGGAGUGCGAGUCUGUGCCCACGUCCGAGGUGUUCUCUGUGACCUGUGCACUUGCUCCGCCCUACGGGAGCCUAAGAGGAGGCAUCAUAAACCGUGGGUACGAGACGCAGGAGCGCCCCCUGGAGGAGCCGGAGGACAGCGCACCUGUGUACAGGAGAAAGCCCUCACAGGUUCCUCUGAGCGCCGACCUGACCCCUCCCCCAAGACUCAAGAGGAAUGUCUUGAAGAACAUUGCCCUGUUCCUAACCCUGGCCAACGUCUGCCUGUGGAUCCUGCCGGCCUUCGGGGUGCGCCCUCAGUACGACAGUGGUCUGGAGGAGGACUCGUUUGGGUUUUCGGUCUGGGUCUCCGUCUUGAACUUUGCUGUACCGCUGAACUUGUUCUACCGCAUGCACGCCGUGGCCUCGCUCUUCGAAGUCUUCCGCCGUAUCUGA